GGAGAGAGGAUGGGGCGCGGGAGGGUGGAGAUCAAGCGGAUCGCCAACGACGUCUCGCGGCGGGCCACCUUCGGCAAGCGCAGCGCCGGGCUGCUCAAGAAGGCGCGGGAGCUCGCCGUGCUCUGCGACGUCGACCUCGGCGUCCUCGUCUUCGACGGCGCCGGCGCCGGCAGGCAGCUCGACUACUGCAGCCCCAACACCAGUUGGAGUGACUUAAUCGAGCGCUACGAGAGCAUAAAUCAUGGUGAAUAUCAGAAACUGUUGGCGGAUAUCGCAACGUUGAGGCAUGAGCGUGACCACCUGGAGGCCAGCGUGAGGAGGCAGGCCGGAGAAGACCUGCCCUCCGGCGCAACCGCGGCAGAGCUCCGCGAUCUGGAGCACAAGCUAGAGUGUGCACUGGGUAAAGUCCGUGAAAUGCAGGAUAAACUGAUGGAGGAGCAGUUGGACGAAUCACACCACAGGGUGCACAUCCUGGAGGACCAAAACAGCUUUCUUCGCCACAUGGACAUGAUGAGCGAGGAGGGGCGGCAACGUGCUGCCGUGGAGGCGUCAGCGGAGGUGUCGGAGCUCAUAGCGCCGGUGCCACCGGGAACGCUGUUCGGGGGAUUCUUCCCGGAGUUGGAGGAGGAGGAAGCAGCGACGACCAUUGUGUACUGUUAUUUUCCAGAUUGAUGAGUAGAAGGAGAUGACAGACUGACGGAACUAGACGGAGGUUAAUUUUAGCUAUUGAAGAAUCUAGCCAGUAAAACUUACUAGUAGCAGGCCAGUAGUACUUACUUUCUGAGGCCAUAUGUAUAGUUAACAAGCAGUAGCAGACGCCAGUGUUUUGCCAACGCCAUAUGUACACGCAUGUGUCCCGUUUUGGCUCCGCAUGAUUUCCCGUGUGGGUAGCACUUCCGCAGCUGCUAUCACGCUGGUUCAUAUGAAAUUUACGGCAGUGUUAUUUUUAAUAUUAGUGUUAAUACUCCGACGUGAAUGGAUUAACUGAUGAUCAAAAUGUCUAUCUCCUACUUUGAUUUUUAUUUAGGGGAUGCUUGGUUAGGUUUUUUUUAGCAAAAACCAAUAGGAUCUAUUAAACGAUGGAAAUGUUUAUAGGUAUUACAUUCAUAUCAUGAGGAAUGCCUAACCAAACGUGUCGCCCCUGUAAAAGGCCGACCAACUUAUGAGCUUCUAAAUUUGAAGUUCUAAAUUCACGUAUCGAGAAGAGAGACGGAGAAGGUGGAACGAAAUUAGAGAUUGUGCCGAAAAUUAAA